AUGGCAAAUGUCGAUGACCCCGAAGGUGCUCCCAGAGAUCGAUUACAACAUUAUGACAUAGCACAAUAUUAUGAGCUGAAAACCCAGCUGAAUCAACUAUUGCCAAAACGAGUGCAGGUUCCACAAAAAUCUAAUCCCUUACCUUUGCCUCAAAUCAAUCACAUCAAGUUCCCUGAAAUUAAAUUGCCAGAGUUCUCGGGUAAUCCUCUUGAUUGGCGAUCAUUCCACGACCGGUUCAAUGCUGCUGUACACACACUGUCUGAUGAACUUUGCCCGUCGGAGAAAUUCCAGUACCUAAAAGGUUUGCUGCGAGGAGAAGCUUCAGGUUUGAUUUCCGAAAUUCCUAUCAGCGAUGAAAAUUACUCCGAGGCCUGGAAACGAUUGAUCGCGAGAUACGACGAUAAGCGCAUCUUAUCACCUAGUCGAAUUGCAUCCACCUCCAGCACAUCUCUCGUAUCAGUGGACCAAUUCGAAACACCAGACUCUCUCGCAUCCACUUCGUCUCAGCCCCCAACGACCCCACAUCAGGCGUUCACGGCCCACUCGGCGAAGCUUCCCACUGAUAUUGUUUUGCUUUCCACGGCGCUGGUUUAUAUCGAGGACUGUGCAGGAGAAAAGUUUACCGCCCGAGUUUUGCUCGAUAGUUGCUCGCAGUUUAAUUUGAUGACGGAGUCGUUCUAUCAGAAACUCAAACUGCCUAUUAAGAAAGAUCACGUUAAGCUUGGUGGGGUUGGGCAACACGUCACUUCGGUGAACAGAUCAGUAAAAUCCAUCGUGUCGUCUCGGGUUUCGGCUCUCAGUUGGCAGCUUAAGUUCCUCGUUUUGCCUACCAUCUCUCAUGACCAACCCUCCCAUCCACUGAUGACUACAGAUUGGGAGAUUCCCAGUUGGAUUACUCUGGCAGAUCCAACUUUUGGUACGCCUGCUGCUGUCGAUGCUCUCUUGGGUGCGGACGUUUUCUUCCAGCUUUUACGUUAUGGCAAAAUUACACUCGGAGAUCAUUUGCCCAUUCUCCAAAACACCGUGCUGGGCUGGAUAGUUUCUGAAAGAGCCCCGUUACCCCGUCUGCGCGACAAUCGAUUCAAUGCGCAGCGUCGUUUUUUCGCGCUUGAGCGCAAAUUGGAUGCAAAUCCAACGCUUCGAAAGCAAUAUGAGGACUUUAUCAAUGAGUUUCUCCAAUUGGGCCAUAUGAGGCUAAUCGCUCCAGCAGAAUUGUCUAAAGAAAAUGAAACUUUACCCCGCUAUUUUUUGCCCCACCAUGCUGUCCUGCGCCCCGAGAGCUCGACCACGAAACUCCGCACAGUCUUCGAUGCCUCCUGCAAAAGCUGCUCCGGUCUGUCGCUCAACGACGUUCUUCUGGCUGGGCCGACAAUUCAAGACACACUCCUGAGCAUCGUGUUGCGGUUCAGAAUGCAUGCCUACGUUGUCACUGGAGACAUUGCCAAAAUGUAUCGUCAGGUGCUGGUGCAUGAGAAGGAUCAGUCAUUGCAGCGAAUAUUUUGGCGAAGCAGCAAAAGUGAGGAGCUAAAGACGUACCAGCUGCUUACGGUUACCUAUGGUACGAACUGUGCACCCUUCCUCACCACUCGCGUCCUCCAGCAGCUCGCAAAAGACGAGCGUUCUCGAUACCCUCUGGCGGCUCCUGUUGUGGUUAAAGACCUAUACAUGGAUGAUCUUUUAACUGGGCAAGAUGAUCUGGAGCAACUUAAGAAGAUUUGCACCGAGCUGCUCAGCAUUUUUUCGUCGGCUGGCAUGGAUCUGCGGAAAAUAUCGUCGAACUCGCAACAAAUAUUGAAUGUUGUUCCCGAAGAAUGCAGAGAAACAAAAACGCUUAUCGAAUUCGAUUCCGAAUCCCCAAUCAAGACUCUCGGUUUGCUGUGGGAACCAGCAACCGAUUCGAUUCUUUACAAAAGGCCAAAUUUUACUCGUCACAAAUUCUACACGAAAAGAAUCAUUCUCUCGCAAACGGCAAGCUUUUUCGACCCUCUAGGUUUGCUGGGUCCUGCAAUCGUCAAGGCAAAAAUAAUCAUCCAAACUCUUUGGAAAUUGAAUUUCGAUUGGGAUUAUCGUUUGCCCGAAAAUUUCACGCUAGAGUGGGAGGAAUAUCAAAGCCAAUUCCAUCGUUUGAAAAACUUCACCAUCCCUAGGCACGUAAAAUCACUCUGCCGCCCAGCUUGCGUUCAAAUGCAUGGUUUUAGCGACGCAUCAGAACACGCAUACGGUGCCUGCGUUUACUUGCGUUCUGUUGCUCCUGAUGGAUAUGUUACCAUACGUCUUCUCGCCGCCAAAUCUCGUGUCGCACCAGUAAAUACGAAAUCGAUCGCACGCUUGGAACUAUGUGGUGCUCUGCUUCUAUCUCGCCUGUUGCUCAUGGUGUGCGACAGCAUCGGGUUGCAGGACAACAUCUUUUUAUGGACCGACUCUACAAUUGUGCUGCACUGGUUGUCUGCUAGUCCAUCUUCUUGGCAGACGUUCGUCGGAAAUAGAGUUGCGGAAAUCCAAGAGCUAACAGCUCACUGCUCCUGGCAUCACGUUCCUGGUACCGAAAAUCCCGCUGAUCUGAUCUCGAGAGGUCUUGACAUCGGCAAUCUUAUCGACAGCUCGUUGUGGUGGAAUGGCCCUCCAUGGUUAGCAGAGGCGAAUCAACCGUGGCCAGAGGCACCUGAAAGCUUUGACAACAUCAAAGAGAAGCAUCUGGAGGCAAGAAAGGGAUUAGUUCUGUCCAUCGCAAAUUCGUCCGAGACAGACCUCAUCGAAAAUUUUUCGUCGUUUACUCACUUGUUGCGAAUCGCUGCACUGUGCAGGCGGUUUUUCGCCAAAAUUCGUUACUGCCGACAAGUUAGAAAAUCAUUGCCUCAUCCUACUGAACCACCACUCCCUGGGCCUAUCACUGUAGACGAACUUAACGAAACACUCCUCGCAAUUGUACGCCGAGUUCAAGAACAAACUUUCGGCCAAGAGUUUGCUUCCUUGCGUUCUGAAAAACCGCUACCGUCGUCAUCGCCGCUUCGCUACCUGGCCCCCAAGCUGUGUGGUGACUUAAUUCGUGUUGGUGGCCGGCUCUCUUACGCAUCCAUUUCGUCCGAGGCAAAAAAUCCUCACGUACUACCACGCAACCAUUAUUUGUCUCGUCUUAUCGCCGAAACCAUGCAUCGAGAUCAACUACAUUGUGGCCCCCAAUUUCUGCUGGCCACACUUCGUCAACGCUUCUGGCCGCUUGGUGGUCGGAAUUUGGUCCGCAGCGUCGUGCAUGGAUGUGUCACAUGCGUGAAAGCCCGCCCUCGGUCAUUAUCCCAGCAGAUGGGCCAACUUCCUGCUGUACGAGGAAGGCCGAGCCCGCGGUUGGCGCCUGUUAAAUCUUAUGUGGCUGUCUUCAUCUGUAUGGCCACGAAAGCAGUUCAUCUGGAGCUGGUCAGCGACCUGACAUCAGCCUCAUUCAUCGCAUGUCUCCGCCGAUUUGUGGGCCGGCGUGGCAGACCAGCAAACAUCUUCUGCGAUAAUGCCACAAACUUCGUUGGGGCUGAUCGAGAGCUGCGCAACUUAUUUCGAUCCACUGAACAUCGUCACGCAGUAGUCAACGAAACUGCCGAUCAACUAGUUCGAUUCAACUUUAUACCACCACGAUCUCCCUCAUUUGGUGGCCUUUGGGAAUCGUGCGUGAAGAUUAUGAAACACCAUCUUCGUCGUAUCAUCGGGAAUGCGUUCCUGAGCUACGAGGCAUUCGUCACCGUGCUGGCGCAGGUCGAAGCCUGCCUCAAUUCGAGGCCAAUCACUCCAUUGACAUCCGAUCCAAACGACAUGAGAGUGCUCACCCCCGGGCAUUUCAUCACUGGUCGCCCCCUGAAUGCCCUACCCGAACGUGACGUAACGAACGCUCCAGAAGGCCUCCUACACCGCUGGGAAAGAGUCCAGCAGCAGACGCAGCAUUUUUGGCAACGGUGGCACCACGAGUACCUCACAUCCCUCCAGCAACGGUACAAGUGGUCAACGAAAACGAGCAACCUGAUCAACGGAGCAAUGGUUUUGCUCAGAGACGAUAUCCUGCCGAUCCUGAAGUGGCCAAUGGGUCGAGUGGUGGCCGUACAUCCUGGUUCCGAUGGUCUGGUUCGCGUGGCCACAAUCAAGCUGCCCAACGGGUCAACGACGAAGCGAGCCAUCUCCAAACUUUGCGUUCUCCCCGUCGAGGUCGAUCCUGCAGCGCUCGAACAUCUACUACCCCAGGUCAACGAGGUCCAGAAUUCCACAGAGUCAACUGGCGACUCUGGAGACAUCGAAAACGAAGAAGAAAGUGUUGAAACUUAA